CAGCAUCACCACGCCAAACCGACAAGAUGGGCCGACUUCACAGCAAGGGAAAGGGCAUUUCUGCCUCCGCUCUCCCCUACUCUCGCUCCGCUCCUGCGUGGUUGAAGACCACCCCCGAGCAGGUUGUUGAGCAGAUCGCCAAGCUCGCCCGUAAGGGUGCCACUCCCUCUCAAAUUGGUGUUGUCCUUCGCGACAGCCAUGGUAUUGCCCAGGUCAAGCUUGUCACCGGUAACCGAAUUCUCCGAAUUCUGAAGUCCAGCGGCCUCGCUCCCGAGCUCCCCGAGGAUCUGUACAUGCUUAUCAAGAAGGCUGUCGCCGUCCGAAAGCACCUUGAGCGUAACCGCAAGGACAAGGACUCCAAGUUCCGCCUCAUUCUUAUCGAGUCCCGAAUUCACCGCCUGGCUCGUUACUACAAGACCGUCGGUGUUCUCCCUCCCACCUGGAAGUACGAGUCCGCUACCGCCAGCACCAUCGUCGCUUAAGCGAACAUAUAACGAAGGAUGGCCGUAUUGGUUGGAGGUGAUGGUUUCCCGGGUCACGGAGUUGGGGGACAAAUAUGGAAAAAGUUGCAUUUAGAGCCAUGAUGCUUUUUGCUCGCCCCUUCUGGGAGGAUCAACAGCGACGUCGACGGCUCAAAUAGAAAGCUCUUCGACCGCUGAAAGUACGCGUAUGCAAUGGGGCAUUCUCAACCCAGUGACGAUAAAAUUAUUGAACCUGAACGCCAUCUAUGCCUUCCGUUA